GGCGGGGCCACAGACGAGUCAGCGAGGGUCUUAAGAGCUUAGCGGGCAAUGAGCGGAACUGACAGCGCUGAAGGGUCUGUGGAACUCUGGAACUACAGUUCCCGGCGUCCCCCGCGUCUCAGGCGGAAGCGAGACGUGUUCUACAGUAGCAGCGAGAUGUCUGGUAUCUCAUUCCUGCCAUUUUCCAUCCUGCUAGGAGUUCUAGGAAUCUUGUGUGUGGGCUUCACCGUGUAUUGGAGCCACCACUGGCUUGGUGGCUUUGCCUGGGAUGGAACGGAUCAUAUGUUCAACUGGCACCCAGUUCUCAUGGUGACAGGCAUGCUAGUCUUGUAUGGCAUUGCGGCACUAGUGUAUCGGGCGCCCCUCUCCUGGGAAGGACCCAAGCUCCCAUGGAAGCUGCUGCAUGCAUCCCUGACCUUGACAGCAUUUAUUCUUGUUGUCCUGGGACUAGUAGCUGUCUUUGGGUAUCACAAUGGGCAGGGUAUCCCAAACAUGUACUCACUACACAGCUGGAUAGGUCUGUCUGCUGUGCUGCUCUUCUCCUGCCAGUGGUUAAUGGGGUUUUCUUCUUUCCUGCUGCCUUGGGCUCCACUUUGGCUCCGAGCCCUCUACAAACCCAUCCAUGUCUUCUUUGGCUCUGCUAUCCUUUCCUUGGUUGUGGCAGCCUGCAUCUCUGGCAUUAUUGAAAAGCUAUUCUUCAGGCUAUCAAAAUCACCAACACCCUAUUCCAGUCUUCCUACAGAAGCUUGGUUUGGUAAUGUCCUUGGGAUGCUAAUCCUGGUCUUUGCACUGUUGGUGUUGUGGGCUCUGGCUAGACCAGCAUGGAAACGUCCAGAUGUGAGUUCAGAAGACAACCAAGAGCCUUUGCUACGUGGAACCAGAUGAAAUGUUAUGAAGCAGCUCUGCAGAACAAUCAAGAGGUGGUGUAAUGGUCGUUCUUCACUGAGAUCUACAGCCUUAACUCACUGCUGUCUUCAGUAUGGGUUUGUGUCUUGAAUCAGUGCAGUAAGAAAAGCAGCAAGCUUGCCAAUCUGGUCUUCUGGGUGUCUAUUAGAUACUUCUGCUUUUUGAUGGCUUGAAGUACUUUUGCUACUAUGGACAGCCAACCAGCUCUGAACAGCCUGUUCUCUAUUUGCUAUGUAGCUUCCAGGUUUUGUGUAUAUUUUUAUGGCUCAUUAGAAACUUAAAUUAUCAGCUGAAAUAAAUGAUUUCGUUUAACUC